UAUCUUUCGACCAAAGGUUAGUACUUUACUACAUUUAAUUGGUUUUGUGUUAGUCUAGGGUUUUAGGGGUUUUUAUGUUUGCGAUCUUGAUGAAUCGAAUAAGUAGUAUUUUUGUUGAAUUGCUGCUAAAAUGUUAGAUUUUCCACUUGAUUUGUAUGUCUACACUGCUUUUUUGCUUUAGUGAGUUUUUCUCAUUUUUGUCAAUUAGUUAGUUUGUUGAGAAUUAUGAUGAAUUUUUUUGUUAUUUGUGUUUGUUUGCAUUUAGGUAUGAGUGGGUUUACAUUUAUCACUAUAAGACUGUAUCAUGGUGGGGACUUAGUGUAUGAAGAUGAUGAGGAUGAAGCAAGAUAUGUGGGGGGGUAAUGAACAACCAAACAUUAGAGUGUUUAAGUUGCAAGAGAUAGUUAGGAAGAAGUUUAAAGUCCAUGUUGGUAAGACCACAGCUAGGAGAGCAAGAGCUAAGGUGCUGAAGGAGAUAAUGGGAGAUCAUGUUCUUGAGUCUGGGAGAAUUCUUGAUUAUAAGGAUGAGUUGUUGAGGACAAACCCUGGAAGUACUUGUCUUGUUAAACUUGGUGAUGCUAAUGAUCUUGGUCAGCCAGUUUUUGAAGGUUUUUACAUCUGUUUUGAUGCACUCAAGAAGGCAUUUAUGGCUGUUAGAAAAUGCAUAGGAUUAGAUGGUUGUUUCCUUAAAGGAAUUAGUAAGGGGCAAUUACUAUGUGCUGUGGCUAGGGAUGGGAAUAACCAAAUGCUUCCACUUGCUUGGGCAGUAGUGGAAUAUGAGAACAAAAAUACUUGGAGUUGGUUCUUGACUUUGCUGAAGGGGGACUUGGGAUUAGGAGAUGGCACAGGCUACACUAUUAUUUCAGACAUGCAAAAGGGACUUGAAUCAGCAACUAGGGAACUGUUGCCAGCCUGUGAAGAAAGAAGGUGUGCUAGGCUCAUUCUUGCUAACUGGUCAAAGGAAUGGAGGGGGCUUCAAAGGAAGCAAGUAUUUUGGAAGUGUGCUAAAAGCACUUAUGAGGCAAAAUUUAAUGCAAAUUUGAAGUUACUGGGAAAACUUGGAGAUGGAAUAGUUGAUGAUCUACUCUACUAUGAUAAAGAGUAUUGGUGCAAGGUGUUUUUUAACACUGAUGUGAAGUGUGAUUCAAUUGAUAAUAAUAUGUGUGAGAGUUUCAAUGCCUGGAUUUUGGCAGCUAGGCACAAAACUAUCAUUAGCAUGCUUGAGGAGAUAAGAGUAAAGGUUAUGACUAGAAUUGCUAGGUUAAGUCAAUUUGCAAAUACUUGGAUAGGGGACAUUUCUCCAAUGGGAAUGAAGAUAUUGGAGGAUAAUAUUGACAAAGCAAUGGACUGUUCAAUGGAAUUUAAUGGAGAAUCAGGAUAUGAAAUGUUGGAUGGAGACAAACAACACUCUGUUUGUCUAAGAAAGAGGGUAUGUAGUUGUAGAUCAUGGAUGCUUAGGGGGAUACCCUGUGCACAUGCCAUAUCUUUCAUGGUUUUAAAACAGUGUGACCCAACUGACUAUGUUGAUAGCUGCUACAAAAAAGAGAGAUAUUUGAUGACAUAUUCUCACUUCAUUCAGCCUGUAAAUAAUAUGCCUUUUUGGCCUGAUAAUAGACAUCCCACUGUUGCACCACCAGUGGUGAAACCAAUGCCAGGCAGGCCCAAAAAAAAUAGAAGGAAAGAGCAAAAUGAAACAAAGAAGUGUGAGAAAUUACCUAAAAGUGGUAUGCCUAUGGCAUGUGGUCUCUGCCAUGUUAAGGGUCACAACAGAAGAGGGUGUCCUUUGAAAAAUGUUGCCUCAUCAGUUCCAUUAAGUUCAACACCAAAUGUGGGCAGACCAAAGAAAACAACAACUGUUGAAGUUGAGCAUGCAGUAGAGAGAGGGAGAGGCAGACCUAAGAAACAUACAGUUGCUGCAGAAGUUCCAUCUGCAACUAACACAACACCAAAUGUGGGCAGACCAAAGAAAACAACAACUGUUGAAGUUGAGCCUGCAGUAAAGAGAGGGAGAGGCAAACCUAAGAAAAAUACAGUUGCUGCAGAAGUUCCAUCUGCAACUAACACAACACCAAUUGUGGCACAUGAAACUUCUUCAAGAGCUGCUGAAAGUACAAAAAGAACCAGAGGUGCUAAAGGUGGUAGAGGAAGUGAAAGGGGUGCAGGGAGAAAUGAGGGAGGAGAAAAGAGUUCAACUGCUGCAACUAGAGGAAAAAGAAAAAGUGUGGGAGGGGAUGUUAAUCAUCCACUUGAAAGUUGGUUCAACUGCUCCGGAAGUACAGCUGCACCUAGUUCAACUACUGCACCUAGUUCAACUGCUGCAACUAGAGGAAAAGGAAAAGUUGUGGCAAGAACAACACCAUAUAAAAGGCCAAGAGUGAUGGGAGUAGGUGUGUUUCAAGCUAAGAAUGGCUUCACAACUUUUAAUCUUGGGCUGCCAAGUCAAAGAAUAGUAUCUACUGGACCCAAAAAAAUAGUAAGAUCAGCUGAUGUAACUGGUGAUAUUGGUUUCAAACCAACAGGUGCACUGAAGUGGAAUGGAGCUAAAACACUCACAACAAGAAGGCUUCAAGAAAUUAGAGAUGAAGUAAGGGCUAAAGCAAGGCAAAUUACCAAUCCUUCACUGCCAAGAGACCCAUGGAAGAUCUAA